AUGUCGAGAAAAAGGUACUUUGAUAUCAGGAAGUAUUUACACUUCAAUAGCAAGACUGCUAUUUAUUCCUCAUUUCGCGAUUACAAAGUUCGUCCAAUUUAUGAACUGUUUAAUGAGGCUAUACAACAAUUUCGUGUGUCUUGGGAACAUCUAAAUUUUGAUGAAAGAGCAGCUCUUUAUUUUGGAAAACAUGGUUGCAAAAUGUAUAGAAAAGGGAAACCCGUGAAAUUUACUUACAAGCUCUGGAUGCCCACAUCUUUCGAUGGAUAUUCUUUUCAUAUAAUGACAUAUCAAGGAGCAAAGCAAGAUAUUGAGUCUGGCAUAAAGAAAGAAAAAAUGUCAUUAUCUCAAAUGGUUGUUGAAAAUUUACUAUCAAUUGGUGAAACUCCAGCAAAGCACAAAAUUUAUAUGGAUAACUUUUUCUCAUCUUAUGAUCUUUUCGCUACCCUCAAAUGUAAAACCUUUGAUACAGAAACUGUUAGAAAGAAUAGAAUGGGAAAAAAUUCCCUUCAACGUUACCUAAAAUGUUGGGAAAGAUAG